AUGGCAAGUGCAGCCCCGAAGACACACCCCCUUUCGGCAGAGAGGCCCCCGCUUCCCUUUGAAGUCGUGGAACGUCGCUUUCCCACCCCGGGUGGGCAUGUCGGUGGCUGGUCCCACGGACCUCCGAGUCGAGACGUAGUGGUGGCUAUCCACGGCUGGCUCGAGCACGCCGAUUGCUGGCUGCCCUUGCUCGCCCAUCUGCCCAAAGACCGCCAGUAUGUGGCCAUUGACUUGCCCGGGCACGGCUACUCGACACACCGUGGCAAUGGCAUGGGGUAUGCCGUCUCCGACUAUGUGCGUGACAUUGCCAUGGUCAUGCAGCAGCUUCGCGAUCAAGCAGCUCCCGAAACUCGAUUCCACCUGCUCGGCCACAGCAUGGGUGCCAUGAUCUCCUUUCUAUAUGCAGGAGCCUUUCCAGAGCAGAUCACCAGCCUCGUCCUCGUUGACGGUGUGGUACCCAUUACCGCCGACGACGCUGCAGCGGCCAGCCGCCUGGCCUCGAGCAUUGAAAAUUGGUUGGUGCUGCAUACCAAGGCUGCAGCGCAAACCCCAAUGAGUUUGGAGGUGGCCUUCCAGCGGUUGGCCAAGGGGAACCCCGACGUCGAAUCCCAUGCCCUCCCCUAUCUAUUCCCACGAAGCGUGCGUCAAGUAAAACCGGGGCAAUUUGUCUUCAAUCGUGACCUUUUGGUCAAACAGGUCACUCCCUAUCGCUUCACGCCCAAGCAGGCGCUCAGCUUUGCCCGGCGCAUCCAGUGCCCAACUUUGGCCAUCUUGGCCAAUGAUGGUCUGCGCACGGCGCCCCCGGACGAGACACAACGCCAACUCGCUGCCCUUCAGGAAGCCAUGCCGACACUUCGCCUGGCGUACGUGGAAGGCAACCACCAUGUGCACAUGAACGACGCGUCGACCGUCGCCAAGGACAUUGCCGAUUUUUGGUCUCUUCCCGCCAGCCUUCCAGCCCAGGAAGCGCGCCCUAUCGCCGCCAAACUCUGA